AUGCCCCUCGAUACAAUAUAUCUGACCCGUCACGGGCAUCGCAUGAACUGGACCAUAGAUUAUUCCACUGGCACCUACCACAGCGCCUUCCCAACACCCACAGGCAACCCCGCCGAUCCCACGCUGACCGCGCAUGGCGUACGUCAAUCCCACGAACUCGCCGCCCAUCUCGCCUCUGCAGAAUUUACGCCGAAACCAUGCCGCAUCUACUCCAGCCCGUUUUACCGCUGUCUACAGACCAUCAAGCCCAGCGUCGAAGCACUUGAAAAUUUGCAGGGAGAUGCGCAGGGUGUUAGAAUUGAGAAUGGCCUCGGAGAAUGGUUCGGCGCAUCAACCUACUUUGACCACCCCUCCCCCGCGAACCCCUCCGACCUCCACGCCCAUUUCCCCAGCAUAAUCACACAGUCCUCGUCAGAGCACAAAGCACACGUGAUACCCUCGUCUCGAGGCGAGACGAUCCCGCAAUUACACAACCGGGUCGCUACAGCUCUAGCCAGUAUCAUAGCCGACAUCGACGGUGAAGUACAAGCUGAAGAAGCUCGUUCGGGGCUUCAUUCUAGUAAAGCGAUUCUGAUCUGUGCGCAUGCUGCCCCGCUCAUCGCCAUGGGGAGGGCAUUGACCGGCGCUAUGCCGGAGGAUCCUAAUACGGAGGAUUUUUAUGUGUAUACGGCUGGCCUGAGCACGUUUAAGAGACGGAAGGAUGGUGGUUUGGUUGUAGAGGAUGAUGAUGAUGGUGCUGAUGGGCGCAAUCGUCGGUCGCGACUUGCGCCGGGCACGAAGCUGGUUCCUGAAGAUAGGGUGCGUGUGCCUGAUUGGCAGGGAGGGAAGGGGGUUGGUGGAGGAUGGGAUUGUGUGAAGAAUGGGGAUUGUAGUUUUUUGAGUGGUGGGGAGGAGCGGGGAUGGCAUUUCAAUGGCGAGGAGUCGUUUGAUACUGGGCCGAUGACAGGCGAUAAUGAGGGCGCUAAGCUUUAG